AUGGCGAACGUGACAGGUGUAAGGGAUGUGUCUUAUUUUCACGACAACGACGACAUUUUCGGGAACAGGAGUUUCUUCACCUUUCUCAGCGAGUUCCACCGAGCACAGCCCCAACUUGCGUACGUGGAGGUUACGAUACUCGUCGUCAUUACGGUUGCUGCGUACGUUACAAACAUCAUCCUAGUCCUGGUGCUGACCCGGGACCGGCACAUGCACAACUGGACCAACUACCUCAUCGUCCAUCUGUGUUGCGUGGACAUCCUUCUGGCCAGUACUGCUCCUUUCAUCGCCGCCGCGAGGGUCACUCAAAGCUGGACCAUGGGAGCGGGCGUGUGCCACGGACUGACGUACACCAUGACGUUAUCCGCUACGGUGACCAUGUGGACUAUGGUUCUCGUCAGCAUUGAGCGUUGCCACACGAUCGUCAAGCCGUUCACAAGGGGAUGCAUCUACGAGACACGUAACUUCUCCGGGACAUUGGUAACGGUUUGGGCAGGUUGCGGUGUGUAUUGCUUGCCGAUGGCUUUGUAUUUCAAAGAAAGAACGUUCACGUUAGAUGGCGAUGAGGUCGUCAUUUGCACGUUGGUGUGGCCGGCGGUGGGUGCGUCAAACGUUUUUACCGUACUCGCCCUUAUCCUAACGUUUUGUAUCCCCCUGGUCGUUAUCAGCGUCAACUAUUACAGAGUGUUCAGAACCUUCUGGGCAUCGCGCGCUCGCGUGAAGACAAGAGACGUGCCUCUCCCCUCGCUCUCCACCGACAGUCGCACCAGGGAAAGGGACUCCACAGCGAGCGUUGGGAACCACCAGGGGACGUCGCCUGGUCAAGCAGACGGUGCAAACAUUGGGAACUCGAACAGAAAUUCCCGGCUUAAAACUACAGCGUUCUCUGGGAAGGACGUGCGUGUGGUGAAGAUUCUGGUCAUGCUGGUCGUGACGUUUCUAGUCAUGUGGCUCCCCGUCAUGAUCAUGAUUCUGCUCAUUCAAGUAGACGGAGAGAAUUUUCAAGGGCACGUGCUGAAAUCCCACCAUUUCGUGAGUGUCUUGUGUUUCACUCUCUGCAACGCCAUCCUGAACCCGAUGUUUUACGGACUUCUGAAUCAGAGCAAUCGGAAUGGAGUGCGUAAGCUAUUCAGGUCUUGA